UGCAGAUUUAGAACUCGAGCCCGUUGGCCCCGCCCACUGCUUUGUGAUCUGUGUUUGUACCUAUAGAGUUCUUUCACGCGCUCCGGUCUGAAGUUAAUGUUGGGCGCGUGAGUUUUUCCUCCACUUUCCGCGCGUGCACAUCGACGUUCCUUUCGCCGUUAUAAAUAUAUCGCGCGCGAGCUUCAACCCCGUUUUUGUCCCGGAUAUAGGGGAUUUUUACCCAAAGUGUCCUGAUUCUUUACACCUCUGAUCAUGAAAUCAGAGUCCAGACGGAGAUCUUUAGGAGAACCUCCACACACUCCUGCUGCUGCUGCUGCUGGAUCAAAGAUGCACCACUGCUCAGAUUGUGGGAAGAGUUUUACUAAAAUUGCGGUUCUGAAAAGACACCAGCGUGUCCACACAGGAGAGAAACUGUAUCACUGUGAUCAGUGUGAGAAGAGUUUUACUCAACAGGGUAGUCUCAAAUCACACCAGCGUAUCCACACAGGAGAGAAGCCGUAUCACUGUGAACAGUGUGGGAAGAGUUUUACUCAUGAGAGUAAUUUUAGAAUACACCAGCGUAUCCACACAGGGGUGAAGCCGUAUUACUGUGAACAGUGUGGGAAGAGUUUUACUCACCAGAGUAAUCUCAGAUCACACCAGCGUAUCCACACAGGAGAGAAGCCUUAUCACUGUGAACAGUGUGGGAAAAGUUUUACUCAGCAGGGUCAUCUCGGAUUACACCAGAGUAUCCACACAGGAGAGAAGCCUUAUUACUGUGAACAGUGUGGGAAAAGUUUUACUCACCCAAGUACUCUCAAAUCACACCAGCGUAUUCACACAGGAAAGAAGCCAUAUCCCUGUGAACAGUGUGGGAAGAGUUUUAGUGCUCAGAGUGUCCUCCUCAGGCACCAGCAGAGUCAUACAGGACAGAAGCUGUACCUCUGUGGACAGUGUGGACGGAGCUAUGUUUAUCAAAGCUCAUUAAGGACCCACAAGUGCUCUAACAUACAACCAUAAAACAAAUUAUCAUCUUAAAUUUCUUAUUUGAAGAGAUGUAAAGGGAAAUUGUACUGUAAAUAUCGGGGGAACUUUAAAUUGUAAUGUUAAUUUUAAUUAGCUCUAACAAACUGGAAACCUUUCCAAGCCAUCAGAACAUUGUUGGUCCAUCUACGGUUACACUACAACUACACUUUAUGGCAACAUGUAUGAGGCUUCCCGAGCAUCUUACCCAUAUGUGCUUUCUGAACAUUAUCUAAUGGAACGGCUUCCAAUCCAUUGUCCCCUGAGCCCAGUGUUACUGAUUUACUGCAAACUUGAGCUUGAUUACACGGUUACACAGCAAGAUCAGGGAAUAGAUUUUUGUUGUAUAUGUCUGGACCUAUAAGAAUUAAAGUGCAGACAAAUCUCACCCUAAGUCUUUUUUAAAUCUAAAAUGUUAAAUGUAUAAACCUUUAGGUAUUUUGCACCAACGUAAAUUUUUUGUGUUUCUCUAACUUCGAAUAAGUUUAUUAGUCAACUGUAUGGUUUGGUUGAGGAGUGGUAACGGUAUGGGGCUGUACUUUAGGGGUAAGACUCAGCCCUUGACUUAAAGUUUAGGGAAAUGUUAAUUACUUUAGCAUACUAAACCAUUUUGGACAAUGCUAUGCUUCUAAUAUUGUGGGAAUAGUUUGGAGACGGCCCUUUAUUAAUCCAGCAUGACCAUGCCACAGUGCACAAACUGAGGUUCAUAAAGACAUGGUUGGAUGAGUUUGGUGUGGAAGAACUGAACUGGCCUGCACAGAGCUCUAAUCUCGACUUCACUGAACACCUUUGAGAUUAAGAUGAAUGUUAAAAGUUGAUUAUUCUAAAUGGACUGUAUGAGUCUCGGUGUCAUUAAAAAUGUAUUCAGGAGAAAAA